AUGAUUGACCAAAAUAACGUACUUGCUAGAGUUUUUCGGCAGGUUCGUGAUCAUCUAUCUUCUGAUGAAACUUCUCAGCUCUCUGUGCGUCUAUUUCGAGCAAGGGGAAAGGAUCCUAGAACUUACAAUAUGCCAACGGCUGAUGAGGUCGCAGCUUUGAUCGUUGGUGACUUUGAUGAUAUGGAAUUUGGUAGGGAUGUUGUUGUCAAAUUAAGAGAUGGUUUCUUGACCAAAAUCCAUGAAACGCAUACUGCAUUCAUCCCCUUGCAGUACCCUUUACUUUUUCCAUAUGGUGAAGAUGGUUUUCGGGAAGACAUUCCUAUUAGUGAACUAUUCAGGAACAUGGGUACUUAUAAAAGGCACACUGUUUCUCUAAGGAAAUUCAUUGCAUUUCGCCUCCAGACUAGAAAUAAUGAGUUUGGUACAGUUUUAAAUUCAAGGAGAUUGUUUCAACAAUUUGUGGUGGACACUUAUACUAUGGUUGAAGCUAAUCGACUUUCUUACUUAAAGCGUAACCAAAAAACAAUCAGAGCUGAUUAUUUAAAUGGUGUAGCAGAGGCAAUUGACAAUGGAGAAACCGAUCCCUCAUCAGUUGGAAAGCGAAUUAUCUUACUGCCUUCUUUUACAGGUGGUCGCCGCUAUAUGUUUAAUAACUGUCAAGAUGCAAUGGCUAUUUGCAAAAAAAUUGGUUAUCCAGAUUUAUUUAUAACGGCUACUUGCAAUUCUGGAUGGGGUGAGAUUCAGAGGUUUGUCCGUCACAGAAAUUUAAAGGCAGAAGACAGGCCAGAUAUUUGUGUACGUGUUUUUAAGAUGAAGCUUGACAACCUAAUGUAUGAUUUAAAGAAAGGAAAGAAAUUUGGAAAGGUUGAUGCGGGAAUGUACACGGUAGAAUUUCAAAAGCGUGGGUUACCUCAUGCACACAUACUUUUGUGGCUUCCACCUCAACACAAAAUUAAAAAAAUUGAGGAUAUAGACAAACAUGUUUCUGCAGAGCUUCCUGAUCCUAAAGUUUAUCCAAAUUUAUACAAGGCGGUAUCAUCAUACAUGAUGCAUGGUCCAUGUGGUGUUGUUGACCCUAAGUCAGUUUGCAUGGUCGAUGGAAAGUGUUCUAAACACUUUCCAAAAAAAUUCCAGAAUUGCACAACAGUUGAUGAUGAUGGUUAUCCAAUUUAUAAAAGAAGAAGAACUGGGAUUACAAUUUUGAAGAAAGGAGUUCCUCUCGAUAAUGGUUUUGUUGUUCCUUAUAACCCGAUAUCCAAUGGUGGUACCAGUGCUGACAACUCUGAACAACAAGAUGAAAUCAAGCAAUAUUAUGAUUGCAGGUACCUUACUCCAUGUGAAGCCGCGUGGAGAACAUUCAAAUAUGAUAUUCAUGAUAGGUGGCCUCCAGUGUUGAGAUUAGAAUUUCAUCUUCCAAACCAACAAAGUGUUUUAUUCAAAGAGAAUGACGAUUUGGAAGUUGUGAAGGAAAACUCAACUAAAAAGGGCACUCAAUUCUUGGCAUGGAUGGAUGCCAACAAGAAGUACUCGGAGGGGAGAAAUCUCACAUAUGCAGAAUUUCCUUCCAAGUUUGUGUACAACAAAAAAUCAACAAUAUGGCUUCCUAGGAAAAGAGGCAUUUCUCUUGGUCGCUUGCAAUUUAUUGCUUCUGGAAUGGGAGAAAAUUACUACAUGCGUGUUUUAUUAAAUAGGCAAAAAGGUUGUGACAGUUUUAAAAGCAUAAGAACUGUAAAGGGUGUUGUUUAUCCCACAUUCUGCGAUGCAUGCGAAGCGAUGGGAUUACUGGAGGAUGACCGACAGUAUGUUGAUGCAAUUUCAAUUGCAAGUGAGCUUGGUUCCGGAUCUCAACUAAGGAAAUUAAUUACCAGAAUGCUGAUGACAAACUUGAUUUCUAGGCCACAAGAAGUUUGGAGAAAGUCUUGGACUCUUUUAAGUGAUGGGAUUUUAUAUGACAGAAGAAAAGCACUCAACAUUCCAGAUCUUCGUAUAGAGGAUGAAGAAUUACAGAACUUAUGUCUGAUUGAGAUUGAAAAAAUAUUGCAAGGCAAUGGAAGGUCACUGAAGGAAUUUCCAUGUUUACCAUACCCUAAAUUUUCAGAAAUUCAUAAUUUUGAAAAUAGAUUCAUUGCAGAUGAGUUGAAUUAUAAUAGGGAUGAAAUGGUAAAGAUUCAUGAUGAAUUGGUCGGUUCUCUUACUUCAGAGCAAGAGAUUGUUUAUAAGAAUGUUUUGGAUGCUGUUUUGUCUGAUAACGGUGGAUUAUUUUUUCUAUAUGGUUUUGGAGGAACUGGAAAAACAUUUUUCUAG